AUGUGUCAAUCUUCGAAGAAGGAUUUCUUCAAGAAAUUCCUGUACGAGCCUUUGCCUGUAGAAUCUCAUCUUGACCACUGUCUCCAUGAUCAUUUCAAUGCCGAGAUUGUUACGAAAACUAUCGAGAACAAGCAGGAUGCAAUUGAUGUGCGUUUAUUGUCGUUUUCAUUGGGUGGAAAAAAUUGCUACUGCAAAGGACCAAGAUUCAAAUCGAUCGAACUGUGCACGCGUGGCCUAAUGGAGAAGGCGCCGGACUCCGGAUCCGGAAAUGGGGCCAAGAUGUGCUUUUUUAAGUACCUUACGUGGACAUUCCUCUACCGUCGCAUGACUCAAAAUCCCAACUACUACAACCUCCAGGAAAUCUCUCACCGUCACCUCUCCGACGCGCUGUCGGAGCUUGUAGAGAAUACAUUAAAGGACUUAGAAAAUAGCAAGUGUAUUGCCGUCAAAGAUGACAUGGACACAAUGCCAUUGAAUUUGGGAAUGAUAGCGGCCUACUAUUAUAUCUCUUAUACUACUAUAGAACUUUUCUCCAUGUCCCUUCAAGCAAAGACCAAGUUGAGAGCGCUCAUUGAAAUUAUCGCAAAUGCUAGCGAAUUUGCCUCUAUACCCAUGCGACACCGUGAAGAUAUGAUACUCAAACAACUUGCUGCACGUCUUCCAGGACAAUUGAAAAACCAAAAAUUCUCUGAUCCUCACGUCAAGGUAUGA